AUGGGCACCUUUCUCAAUGCUAGCAAUUGGGUGGUUCUUGCUACUGGAUUGUCUUACUAUGUGACGGCGACACCACCCAAUCGACGAGUCAAUCGAAGCGAACUCCUUAUCAACACAUGGGUUGAGAGGUUCCUUUUAACCCGUCUUAUGUUCCUCAAGAUCUUCGUCGGCUCUGCAUGCCUCAUGCACAUCUUGAGCUCUGUUUUCUCGAUGGGAAUAUGCACAACACGCACCUCCAGCAGCUCUUCGGAGUCACCCACAUCACUCUCCACGACGAUGAUACUUGGUGGCGGUUUGGCCCUUUUGUCGGCUAGUAUCCGCCUAUGGUGUUACGCAGAGAUGAAAGAUCUCUACGACUUCGAAGUGAAUAUCAAGCAGGCCCAUCGACUUGUGACCAGCGGGCCUUACUCAUUCGUUCGACAUCCCGGCUACAUCGCCUCAUGCGGGACACGCAUCGGCGUGACGAUGGUGAUGUUCUCGAAGGAUCAUUGGCUUUAUCAGUGUGGCUUACGGAGCACGGUUGGCGCCGUGCUGAGCUGUAUCUGGUGUGCGGAAGUUGUUAUGAUUAACGGGGUUUUGAUCCCUGCACGGAUGACAGUGGAGGACGACAGGCUGAGGCGUCACUUUGGGAGGGAGUGGGAUGACUACGCGUCGAGAGUGGCUUACCGCCUGGUACCUGGUGUCUACUAG